GAUAUACAGAAAUGUUUACAUGUUGUUGAUGAAAGAACAACCAAACACAUAAAGUAGAAAAGAGAUGAAGAUUUUAGUCAUGAAUCUCAUCAGCCGUGUGGUGUGUGCAUACGUGACGCAAGGCACAUACCCCAAAAGCCCAACAUCAUGUUUCAUCAAAAGCUGAGCCUUUGCAUAUCUUUGUGCACCUUGCAAAUAUCACACCUUUCAUAGCCACCAGCCAAAGACACAGUGCAGUUUCAGAUUAUUGCAUACUUGAGGUUUGCAUUGCUAGAGAAAAGAAAUACGUGACACCACAUAUAAUGGAUAGCCCACGACACAGCAGUAAUAGUGAAAACAUCUGUUGUUUUGUUUAAUUUAUACAUGCUCAUUUCAAUGCCAAAGCUGUAUCAGCUUUUUUGUAUAGUUAGUAACAAGACUGCAUACAAACGAAUCAAAUCAGAAAAGUUUUCGACAAAAAAAAAACAUCUGUCUUAUUUCAAGUGUGUAGUUCCUUUUGUCUGUCAAAAUACAGCAUUUCUGCAUCUACAGUGAUUGAGAUUUUGUCCAGUUUUGAACUGAAAGUUCAUUGUUUCGAACAGAGUAUCUAAAUGUCUGCCAAAAAUGCUGUAGUUGCACAAAGUUUUGCUGGUGGUGAACAUUAACUGAGACAGGUAUGAAUUUCAGAAGAAGUGGUCAUUAAUUGCAUUUUGUAUCAAAGCAAUGCAAAAGUACACACAGUUUAGUUCACAUAGUCUACUCAUAUCGUGAAUGUGUGUAAAGUGUGUAAAGUAUAGUGAAGUGUAAAGUAUACAAGGUAUUGAGACGUGUGUGAAAAUUAUUAAAAAAAAAAAAAAUCAUGUUGCCCUUAAGAAUUAUGGAAUAUAUUAACUGAACUCUUGGUAAAAUGAGAGGAUGUAGGCCUACAGUUUUCAUACAAUAUGCAUUUUAAUUGAAUUGAUUCAGCAAUUUAUUGGUAAAACAAGGAGGAACUGCAUACAACUGUGAGACGAUAACAUUGGAUGUCCUCCCCACUCCAAAAUGCAUAGAUGAGUAACAAUAUGGCUGCCUUUUCAAGGUUCUUUUUCAAUGUCUGUGAAGAAAGAAAUUGGUUAAUGUCUCAUUUACACACACUUUCACUUUUAUAUAAUCUUAACAGACAGUUUGACUUAACUACCAAUAGAGGGUCACCUGCCUAUCUAAGCUGUCUGGGACAUCGACAGAUUUAGAUUUCAAGCCCCACACCCAGGGGCCCUUACUGGCCUAUUGAAGAAGGAAAGACAAACUUUUAUUUCUAGCCCUGUUAGCCAUGCUAUCAUUGCUAUAGUAUGCAUGCUAAUGAAUUGCAAGUGCAUUUUUUAUGCUAUUGAUAUAACAGACUGUGGUUUACGGGGAGGUGUCAUAGCCCCGCUUCCUCUGUGAGUGAGGUCAUAACGGUCUGGAGGUUAAGACCUAUAAUACUUUGACACAGACCCUUCCUGUGCUCAUCUGUAACUUGCUGGUGAAAGAGAACAAUGAGGUACAUGUUGGUGAUCGCCGUGGUGGGUGCACUGUUUCUCGCUGUCACGGCACUGCCUCAUGGUCGGUACCGCACGCCAACCAAGGUGACUACUACGUGCUGCAAGAACGUUUCACGUGCUCGCAUCCGCGAUAUUGUGGACUUUAAGCGCCAUCAUGCACAGCCUCCAUGCAAGGAGGCCAUCGUUUUUAUCACCAAAGAUGCCAAGAAGUAUUGCACUGACCCAAAUGCACCAUGGGCGGCAAAAAAUGAAAGGUAUGAUCUGAAAGAAAUCAUGGCCCUUAUUUUGAGGAUCAUAUCAGCUGGUGGAAACGGCAGGUUAUUUACACUCCGGAGGUCUAAAAAAGCAAUGAAUACCAACAAGCUCGACAAAGAGCUAUCCUAGAGUAGGAUGGGCCAGCUGGAGAAGGAGAAUGUUCUGCUCUAUGAAAAUCAAAUAGUAUAAUCACAGGCCAAUACAUUUACUCUAUACGCUUUACUUUUCUUUGCAAACCCUUUGAAAAUCACACUUGAUUUGGAGGAAAAUGUCAGUUUGUCUAAACUGACAAAAGCACAUUCAAACACAUUCAUUAUACUUAACAUGUGAACAUGACAUUCUGAGGUUUUUAAAAACAGAAUUGAAUUGAAUUUCACAUGCAACCUUCUUGAACACAGUUUCCUCUGUAGUGUUGAAGCAUUGAUUAUAAAAAUAUUUUUUAAGUAUACUAUUGCAUUGUCUGACGAUACAUGAUUUAAACUGUUAAUGUUCUGUUAUGUGUAUAUGAAAGGGUACAAAAGUGUGUGUGUGUGUGUAUAUAUGAAUUAAAGGGUAAAAUGUUAAAAUGUAGAGCAAACAAUAUAUAUUAUAUAUAUCUAGUAUAUACUCAGAGAAAACAUUUAGCUGGCAUUGUGAUGGACCUC